AACAGACUGUUUGAACACACUAUCAGUUUAUCGGAUGAGAUGCAUGUAACUCUUAAUGGUGUCCGCAAAACAAUUUGGAUGAAAAGCCCACCUGGAAAGGAGGAUACACCUUUCGGGACCAUUAUACAGAGCAGUAAUGUAAAUGGAUGACAAAAAUGAGGAGCAACCGAUUGAAAAUUGUUUUCAUGUUGUGUCUUGGUUUCGUCACUAUAGGAGGACAACAUUUUGAAAGUAAAGUGGCCCAGUUACUCCAAGACGAAACAGAGCAUAUUAAAUGUUUUGUUGAGGGAAAGGAUCUCACGUGCUUUUGGGAAGAGGAGGAAGAGAGGAAUCAUUUACACAAUCAAUAUACCUUCACAUAUUCAUACGAGAAUAAGAACAAGAUGGCUUGUGCGGUUUCAUCUCUGUCUUUACUGGCGAGUAACAAAACCAUCUUCUUCUGCAAACUGGCCAAAACCCCGUUCUUCGCGACUCUUCAUCUGCAGGUUCUCCGCGAUGGCCAGAUGCUCUACACUCGUAGCCUCAACGCGGAGAACUUCUUGUUCCUAGAUCCUCCCCGAAACCUCACGGUCAUGAGUUCAGGGAAGGAAGGGCAGUUGAACGUGAGCUGGCUGCCUCCUCAGCUCAAAUACAUGGAUGACAGUAUGAUAUACGAGGUCAGAUACGCAGCGGAGGGAAGUGACUUGGGCAAGGUGGAGGUCAUAAAGGUCAGCACGAUGCUGGUUUUGUUUGGCUUAGAGUCGGACACCAGAUACAAGGUGUGGGUCCGCGUCAAACCCGAUGGCGUUGCCUACAAAGGCUACUGGAGUGCUUGGACCGAGCCUGUGUUUGGAGUCACGCCGCCAAGCGAUGUGGAUCCGCUUAUCGUGUUACUUGUUCUUUCUAUCGGACUGAUCCUCUGCCUGCUGUCUCUGACUGUGAUUCUGUCCCACCAAAAGUUUCUUCUUAAGAAACUCUGGCCUGACAUCCCGACACCAGAGCACAAGUUUCCAGGUCUUUUUACUGUCUACAAAGGGGAUUUUAAGGAGUGGAUGAGCCACAAUAAUGGCAGCAUGUGGGGCAGAUCAGUCCAUGUGUACACAGAGGAGCUUCCUUCACCGCUGGAGGUCUUGUCAGAAGUUUCCCUGACCAGCCACGACACAUCCCAGAGAGAGGAGAUGAAACCUGCGGAGGAGGACGAGAGCGAGCGUUCGGACUCGGGGUUAACGGACAGAUGGCGAGACCCUCCUCACGCUCACUGGCUCAUGGAUCAGCUGAGGGCUCUUCAGGAAAACCCUGAAUCUCAUUCCCAGUCCUCAUUACUGCAGUCACAUGACACUUACGUCACCCUCAAUCAAGGAGACAUUGAGCAGCAGGCGGACGAUGUCUUCGAGGAGACGUUACCGCUCCAGACGCUCUUCAGCAGCGCAGGAACGCCGUCCUUGAGCACCUCACACUCCGACCUUGGCUCCAUGCAGCAGAGCUCGGGUUCGGGCAGACUGUCGUCACAAUCAAGCUUGGAGUAUCCCAACCACACCUGGCCCCCCAAAGGGCCGGGAUACGCCUACAUGGCGGUUGCAGACUCAGGGGUCUCGAUGGACUACAGCCCGAUGAGCUCCAGCAGGAUCGCAGAGCUCGGGAGACACAGGAUAUACACAAAUGAUUACAAAAACGAGAUCUUCCCCCACAAGUGGCCACUCUCUGGUCAAUACAUUAAAUCCGGAUAAGAGUCCAGCAUGGGUCCUGUUUUGUAAAUCCACAAUAAUUAAGGAAAGUUCACCCAAAAAUGAAUACUCUGUCAUCCUUUGCUCAGCUUCACUUCUGUGGAACAUAAAAGAAGAUAUUUUGAAGGACAUUGGUAACCAGUUGCUGGUAGCCAUUAAUUUUCAUUUUUUCAUCCAUACAAUAGAAGUAAAAAGAACCGAUUUGUACAGGACAUGAUCUACAUACUACUGCUAUUACAAAUUCACAUCAGGAUCUUACUGGGUUCUCUUAACAUGACGUUAAAGGAGAUAUGCAUGCAAACACUAGGAUUUUUCAGAUACAAAAAAAAACUCCCAUAUGAUAAAAUAAGCUAACAUUAUUUACCAUGGCAGCUGUUUUUUAUACCACUAAAAUUCCAGAAGAUUUUAGGGUUUAUUAGUUGUUGUUUUUUUUAAGCUUCUUCGUGGAAAGUGACUGAUGGCAGUUCAUAUAUCAUUCUGUUUGGGGUUUCCCAAGUCUUAAUCUGUCUUGUAAAUUGUACAUAAUAUAUAUAUAUAUUUUAAACAGUUUUCUGUUUUGUCUUCUGGUUUAAGUAAAUAUGUAUUUUUCAGAU